UUCGUCUGUGAGAUCAUGUUACUGGAUGCUGGCCACCAGUUCCCCGGACUGGGAGUGGGUUCGUUCGCCAGGCACCACUCUGCGGGCGACAUGCAGGACAGAGACUUGAGUUUGGCUCAGAACACCUUUGUGGACUCCGCGCACAUGGGCGCGUUCAAGCUGAACCACGACCUCUCCCCGGGACAGAGCUCUGCCUUCACCACCCAGGCCCCCGGCUACCCCGCUGCGGCUCUGGGGGCCCACGCCGCGCAUGUCACGUCGUACGCCGGCUCCCCCUUCAACUCCACCAGGGACUUUCUGUUUCGCAGCCGCGGCUUCGGAGAAUCCUCCCCCGCCACCAGUCAGCACGCGAUUUUUGGCCCCACGGCGGGGUCCCUCCAUCACUCCCACACAGACACUCAGAGCCACAUUCUGUUCCCUGGGAUCCACGAGCAGCACGCCACGCACGGCUCCCCCAACGUGCUGAACGGCCAGAUGAGGCUCGGGCUGCCUGGGGAGGUGUUCGGGCGCACGGACCAGUACCACCAGGUCUCCAGCCCGCGGGCCGACCCGUACUCGGCCGCGCAGCUGCACAACCAGUACGGCUCCAUGAAUAUGAACAUGGGGAUGAACAUGGCGGCCCACCAUCACCACCACCACCCCGGCGCCUUCUUCCGCUACAUGAGGCAGCAGUGCAUCAAGCAGGAGCUCAUCUGUAAGUGGAUCGACCCGGAGCAGCUGAGCAGCCCCAAGAAGUGCUGCAACAAAACUUUCAGCACCAUGCACGAACUCGUCACGCACGUCUCCGUGGAGCACGUCGGCGGGCCGGAGCAGACCAACCACAUCUGCUUCUGGGAGGACUGCGCUCGCGAGAGCAAGCCGUUCAAGGCGAAAUACAAACUGGUGAACCACAUCCGCGUGCACACCGGGGAGAAGCCCUUCCCGUGCCCGUUCCCCGGCUGCGGGAAGGUGUUCGCCCGCUCCGAGAACUUAAAGAUCCACAAGAGAACUCACACAGGAGAGAAGCCGUUCCAGUGCGAGUUUGAAGGCUGCGACAGAAGAUUCGCAAACAGCAGUGACCGAAAGAAGCACAUGCACGUCCACACGUCGGACAAGCCUUAUUUGUGCAAAAUGUGCGACAAGUCGUACACGCACCCCAGCUCCUUACGGAAACACAUGAAGGUCCAUGAAUCCACACCGCCAGCAUCAGACUCCUCACCAGCAGCAAGCUCCGGCUACGAAUCCUCCACCCCCCCGGGCCUUGUGUCCCCCACCACGGAGACCCAAAGCAACACCACGCUGUCUCCGGCCUCAGCGGUGCACACCACAAACCACAGUGGCCUGUCGUCCAAUUUCAGUGAGUGGUAUGUGUAAAGGACUCAUGUCACAGCCAUUCAGGAGAACUGGGACACAAGAGGCGCAGAAUAUUUAGCUUUUUUAUUUGAAUAUGUCACCGGGGGCAGAUGAUGAAAGGUGGGGGUGUAUAAUAUCUGUUUCAUGCUGUAAAUAGUCCUGAAAAGCCCUCAUUGGUUGUGAUAGUUUUGUCUUUGGUGUAUAGAUGUUCCUGCAGGUAGCUCGCUCCUCUUAACUGGAGUCGUAGUGCACACAUUACCAUGAAGUUGUUGAAUAUUGUGACGCAAUGAGGCAAACUGAUUGUACCAUAACAUCUAUAAAC